AUGAGCCCAAGGCUCAGCUGGUUUACCCGGCACACAAAUCUUUAUAAACCCUCACGCACGACAGUCCCCCACACCUCCACCCGAUUCAAACCAAUGUGCAGCGAGACCAAUCGGAAGCGCAAGCGCGGCCGCCGCCCCAAGACCCAGCCGUCCGCCACCGUGGUGCUCGACAACAUAAACAACGACGCAGGCUCGCCGCUCGCGGCCGGCGCCUCCGGCGACGACGUUGUCUUCUCCGUCAACAACGUGGAGCUCAUCCAGCCCGCCGCCAAACCCUCUUCCCCCAACAACCGUGGCCGCCGGCGCGGCCGCUCAAACAAAGAGAUCCUGACGGAAAGUUCCAUCGCCGCCGCCGCGGCCAAUGGCGUAACCCUACCUGUUACGGCCUCGACAGGCGUGCUUAAUGGCGGUGUGUCCACCUCGAUGAUUGAUGAGGUGAGCGACGUAGCCAGAGUCGUGCCCGCCAUGGAUGCUGUGGUGAAGGUGUUCUGCGUCCAUACCGAUCCCAACUUCUCGUUGCCGUGGCAGAGGAAACGCCAGUAUAGCUCGAGCAGCAGUGGCUUUGUUAUCAGCGGGAGGAGGGUUUUGACGAAUGCGCAUUCUGUCGAGCACUUUACGCAGGUGAAGUUGAAGAAGAGGGGUUCUGAUACCAAGUAUGUAGCCACGGUGCUCUCAAUUGGGACGGAAUGCGACAUUGGUGAGGCUCGAUUUUGUCUUUUCCAUUGA